AAGAGAAUGUAAGGCUGCCACAUACUUCUUUAGCUUGGCCUGGAUUUAGAAAAAUCAGAGAUGGUUGUAAGGACAAGGAAAUGUGUGACACUAAAGGGCCCAUACCAAACAAUUUUAUUUUGUGCAGAAAUGCUUGAGGCAGGCACAAACAUAUCCAGGGUUGGCUGAGGGUGGGGGGUGUGGUCAUGGAUAUCAUAUGGAGAAUGACCCACUUGUAGUGGCCAAGAGGGGUGCAUGCUUCCUAAUACAGGUACCGCGGAUCAUGUUGAAAAGUGGGUGGGCUGACAACUGAAAACAUCAUAUCGAAAAACAAAAAAGGAAUAAAUCAUAGUAUCUGACUUGUUUCUGUUGUAAAAAGUGUUGGGGCCGCCCUGCACCAACAUAAAGCUAAUCUUUUUAGCUGUCUAUAAGAGGGUACAUAAAGUCACCUGAGUAUGGGUAAUAUAGCAAAGUUAAGGCCGCAUUGUCACCAAUUUACUGCCAGAAUGCCGAGGAAAAAUUAGAAUCCACACUAUUUAAGAAGCCAUCCGCUCUAAAUAAGCAAUCACAUCAUCAAAAAAAUUUCCCAUAGGCACACUGCUUUUACAAUUUUCUUUCACGUUUUCCAUUGAAAAUAAUGUCAUAAAGAAACAUCAUAUGGCAACAACACUUAAUAAGUGUCAGGUUGGUGUCAAGGGAGGUGCACCAAUAUGGUCACGUGAUGUGUGUUGUCAUCAAUGACGUCACUAAAAGCAAAAAUAUUCUGACUUCAUCAAAAUAAAAAGAUUAUAUUUCAUAAAAGAAACAUGUAUCACAACCAAACUUGGUAGGUGUCAUGUAUGUUUUUAUGUAAGUGGGCCGCAAUGAGAUGCUCAAGUGACGUCAUCAAUGUUUUACUUGAAGUAAAACUAUCCUGAUGCCAUCAAAAACAGAAAAUAUUCAUAUCUCAUAAAAGAAACAUUGUAUAACAACAUAACUUGUUCUGUGUCAUAUAUAUGUCAAGGGUGGGGAGAGGGGUGCAACAAGAUGGUCACGUGAUCUGUGAAGUCGAUGACCUAAUCUGAAAAACAAAAAUAUGCAAAUCUUAUGAUUGAAACAUCUUUAGACAACAAGACUUAGAAGAUGUCAUGAAGGUGAAAGGGCAGCCAGCAGGACAGUCACGUGAUGUGUGACGUAUUGAAUGACGUCAUAUACGUCAUAUUUCAUGAUAUAAAAAUCUUAAGGCAACUAUUACUUGGGGACGUCACGAGAAUAUAGCUGCGUUUUCUACCAUGGAAGCAAACGACGAUUACAAUGCUGGAAACUUCCCAAAGGCCUUGAUGCUAUUGUCGGAGGCUCUUUCCCUUUAUAUAAACUUUGGACUGCAAAACGACACACUGCUCAUGAGAAUCGUAUGCCUCAGGGCAAGAUGCUUUGCUGCAAUGAGAUGCUAUGUUGAAGCUGUAGAAGAAACAAAGACUAUAUCAUCAUCGAUUUUUGCCUCGAUGGGGUGUCCUAUGAAGUAUUGGAAACUACGAAUUUUUAUUGAGGAAUCUGCGGGAAAUAUUCCCAGUCGCAUGACAACUGCCUUCUUGCUAGCCAUACAGGCUCGAUUUUUUUACCCCAAUUCUGCAGCGCUCGCUGACGCUUAUGAACGCUGCAAACGAAAGUUAAGAAAAGGAGUACGAGAGAACAAAAGUGUGGUUGAUAUUUGCCUUGGAAUGAUGCUAAUGGCAGCGCAACGGCUUCAGAACGAAUUCCAUUUACCUCAGAUAGCAGCUCUGGUUUACACGGAGAUUCUCUCCCUGUUUUACUCCACACCACUAGAUGUUUACUAUUUUAGAGCGGUUUGCUAUCUGCAAUUGGGUCGUUUUGACGAUGCUGAAGACGACUGCCAGGAAGUUCUUUGCCGAUAUUCUGAGAAUGUGGAUGCAAGAGAUCUGUUGGUAAAGAUUAAAGAAAUAAAGAGAAACAACAGAGAGAAACAGAAGCAUAACAAUUUUGCUUCUUCUUUUGCUGGCCAAGCAAUCGAGGGUACCUCUUACGAUAGCCAACAGUUACCAAUGGAAAAAUUUGAGAAGAAAAGCCCCAAGAAAAAGAAGGUCGCACAAAUGCCAGCAAGACCUGUAAAAACGCUGGAAAGGAAGACGAAGAAGGAAAGAAAGACCGAGAGAAGAAUUCAGAUGCAAAAGGAGGAAGAGAUUCGUCGCAUUUGUCAGGGGAAGGAAGAAAAGGAAAAAGAUCAAGAGACACAAAAACAGGCGAAAAAAGAAGAUCAGGUCAGUGACCCCCAACCAAUCAAAAUCACCUACGACGUUAUGGCAGCAUUGGAUGCCGGGAAAAAGAAGAAGAAAAGCAAAGUAGAGCGCACUCAAUCGAGUAACGACCUUGCCAUUGGAAUAUCAAGUGGUUCAUCCAGUGUCAGCUCAUGUACUGCAUUGCAAGAUACCAAAAGCCGAGGUAUCACACAAACCAAGGUGUCAACACCACCAACAACAAAAUACUCAGGAAAGCCUCCUUCAAAAAGGAAUGUUUCGUCCCCAUGCCUUACCUCUGCUUUGGGUCUUGAGGCCAGCACUAAGCAAUGGAACCCAAAGGCAAAUGUCAAGAUCAGUGACGAGAACUGGCCUUGCCUUCCACCACCCGUCAAUGACGUAAACACCAAACCAAAGAAAUCACCUCCGGUGCAAGAUUUGCGAAAGGAUGGCAUAAAAUCAAGUGAUCGCUCCUCAUCGUUGUCCAGUCUAAGCAAUACAUCUAAAACUUCAAAGUAUGAAUCGGUGUGCAGUUGUGAAAACCGGAUGCCUACUGUCUCAAACAAGUUUGAAACGCUUACGAAGUGCAAACCUAGGUUGCUGGCCAAAGCCGACAGUCUUAGUGCCAUCCCACAACGAUCACAGAAGGUCCAGCCUAGCUCAAACGAAUGGAAAACAGUGACACCACACGCAAGGCAAUCUGAUCACUCUACAAGUACAUUUGUUAAAGUUGACCUCCAAGCAAGCCGAGAGAACAGUUUACCUCCAGAAAUCGAGAUUGGUUGUCAGCAUUUCCUGACAAGAAAAAGCAACAAAGAUAACAACGGCACUGCCUGUCUCAAAUGUGUCAAAACGUGUAAUGUUUGUUAUGUAUUUUGGAGCAAAGAAUUCAAUGUUUGGACUAAGGUGAGGGAAUACCCUCCUUCUCUUUCGAUGAAACAAUUCUUAAAGCAGUGCCCUGGUUACACCCAAGGACAGAAAUGUCAUUUCCAAGAGCGUUGCACUUUUCCACACGGUCCAGAAAAAGAAAUGUGGGAACUGGAGAGAAAAGGAAAGCUUCCGACUCCGUCAAAGUUCUUCGAGAGGUUAAAGAAGGGCAAACUCGUGGAAAGUACUGAUGGCUCUAACGGGAACACAGCAAAAAUCUCAGAGCCAAUUCAGCCAAAUGCGACUGAACCAUCUUCGCAGAUAUUGAAAAAGAGCAAACAUCCAGCUACAACUCAAGCAAUAGGUAAUACAGAAGAACUUGGCACAUUGCAAGUACAUCAAGUGGCAGCCAUUCCACAAUCAAAUUCUCUAAUCCGACGAACUCAAGUUCGACCACAAGGUCCAGAACACUUGACAACUAACGAGCCACCUCUAAAUCAUCUUGCCGUGCAAGAUCGCCCAAGUCAGCAAAUGGCACUGUCUGAGACGGAUAAGCACAACUUAGCCCAGUCGAAUGAUUCAGAAAGGCCAGAAGUCGAAAGGUUUACCAUUAUGCCAACAUCUUCAAUUGAGACUCCCAAAGCUAGUCUGACAAAACCGAACACCCAGAAAGAAGUUCCAGAGCAUUCCCAAUCAAGCUAUCAGCUAUUUCCCGUACAAAAAGGGGAACAAGUGCUAAACCAAUCAAAUAGCAGUGUUCCUUCAAUACGAUUAGUUGGACAAGAGCAGCAAGCUCAGCCAAGCGCCCCAAUGCCGGAUAUAUUCACAUCGAGAAGUGUAAGCAAUGGGUCACCAGCACUGACCUCAAAUAUUUGGUCUAGCUAUGAUCUUUCAAGACCAAACAUUCCCUUACUGCAGGACUCUUCAUAUUUUCCUCUCGGAAACGCAAGUGGCUACCAGCAGCACCCACAGGCCGGCAAUGGGCCAAUCCCUGAAACAGUUAGAAGGCUUCCCUUACAGCACUUCCACCAAGCAGCAGGGGCAGUCCAGAUUCCAUCCGAAGUGAAAAUAGUUUGUAACCAUUUCAUGAACAAUUGCAAGAAAAUACCAGAUUUUCUGUGCAAAGGCUGCGAGAACCGACAUUACGGUUACUAUGCCUUCUUGGACUACAGGAAAGGGCUUUGGUACAAAGUGAGGCCUUACCCGAGAAAUUUGCACCCAAAGCUUGCUCUCAAGGAGUGUAAAGACUUUGCAUGGGGGCGUGCAUGUGCACGGAAUCCUUGCACAUUCCCACAUGGUCCUGAACUACUGAUGUGGACGUAUGAGCGCGAAGGAGUACUUCCUCCUCCGAAUCAUGUGGACCAACACAGUGAGCAGCGUUACCAGAACCCGACACUGCACAACUUCAGCGGAACAGGGAAUCUCCGCCCGCCGCCUAAUGGAGUCUACGGCGGACGCUACAGACUUUGCAACAGACCUAGUGUGUGUCGCUUUGGGAACACCUGCUCGUUUGCCCAUGGACAGGAAGAGCUGAAUUACUGGAAAUUCUGUUACGAGCAGUCGCAAACAGACCAGGCAGAGCCUAUUGAAGCGCCGAUAAAGUCCGAAAGUGAGCUGCUGGAAAAUUUGGAAGGAGUUGCCUUGGCUACUACACCAGAAAACCCUAACGUCCGCCUUAAGGGCGACAAGGAGCGAUAUGACUACACGUGGACAUUCAAGCUGGACUAUAAGUCAAGCCAGGCUGGGCAUCUUUGCCGUGUUGACCUUAAAGAUCGGCGUAAUAUCUCCUUCUGCAUCUCCAAGAUCAAGAUAACAGACGAAAACGGACAAGAGGGAACUGAAGAGGUCCUUUCGAAAGACAAGAUGUUUCAUGAGUUUCCCAAGCGCCGUAGCACGAGUGACCAUUCUACAACAGUCGAAGUGUGGGUAUCCUUCACUACAACUGUGUUUGGAAGCUUUAGCCAAUGCAUUUUGUUCGACUUCGGGAAGGGUCCGUGCCUCGUGAAGAAUUUCAACGUUGACAUCGUCAGUGACGAAGAACUGUAUACGCUAAAACAGGCCAGACAAGAGGUCCCCAAGAACUCAACGUGGAACCCAGAGGACUCGGUAAUAGUUCGUACAGUCACGGACCGACGCGUUGAUGCUGUGGAGGAGCUACAGAUAAAAUACCCAUGUCCAGCUGAUCCACAGAGUUUAGUAUCCACGCAAAUACUGAGUGGUAAACUCAACGAGCGUAGCUAUCACCAGACCAUGCACCAGCUGCUGUUUGUCGAGGAGGUGUUCAUGAAGCAGCAAAUUGCCAGAUUUUCAAUGGAAAGAGUCACCCUGCUUGGGCGUGACAGCCUAUUUUCUGAUGACAUGGGGUUCCAGCGUGCUGGCGAAGGUCUGUUUGGUUCUUUCCCUCUACAGACGCCUGUCACGAUCGACGACAGUGCCGGGCGGUUAUGCAAUCGCAAUGUAGAGGCUGUGUACCUAAGGCUCUCCAGCGACCCCUGCAAGGUGUUUGAAGUACCAAUCCACAAACUGGAGAGCGAGGGGGUUACCAUCAAGCUCUCAGAGAAUGUUUGCAAAGAACUUAAGAUCCACGACCAAUCGGAAGUUGAUGUGGACGCCAUGUUUAAGCUGACUCGUGACUCUCUCUGUCGAAUGCAUCAGGCAGUUGAUUGUAUCGCCCCAGUUCAUCUAAGACUUCUGUUUCCUAAACCACAGCCUCUAAGGAUCAAAGAGGUUCGUAUUUGCUGGGGCUGGAUUCUGGAUAAACGUUUAAACGACAGCCAGAAAGACGUCAUCCGGGCUAUCGCUAAAAGAGAGCCACCCUCCCCUCCUGUGGUAGUGUUUGGGCCAUUUGGAACUGGAAAGUCGUUCACAUUGAAUCAGGGAGUGCGCCAGCUCCUAACGUCUGGGAAGAAUAGAAUUCUUCUUUGUACGAAGACUAACUCGGCCGCCGACAUACACGUGGAACUCUUACACCAGUACCUGACAGAAGAGAAUGGUAUAGGUUCUGCUAAACCAUUUAGGAUCUAUGGUUCAGAUCGUAAACCCAGCACGUGCUCACGCACUGGCCUGCUUUACAGCAAUCUCAAUAGUGGUAAAGACGGGUUCUUAAUGCCAACAAGGGAAGCCGUCAUAAGAUACCGUGUUGUCAUAACAACACUUGCCACGUCACAGCUGUUGAUGAAGAUUAAGCUGAAUCAUGGCUUUUUCUCGCACAUUCUGGUGGAUGAAGCUGCUCAAGCCUGGGAACCAGAAGCUCUGAUCCCACUGGGCUUAGCGGGACCUAACACGCAGGUCGUCUUCACGGGGGAUCACAUGCAGAUGAGUCCAGAGGUAUACUCGAAAUCCCUAUUCAACGAAGUCCUCAGGAAUGCUCAGAGCUCAGGAGGCUCUCAGGAAUGGGGAUUACAGAAGUCACUGCCAGAGCGCCUCUUCGAUCAGUACAAUAUGUUAACGAAUGAGCAUUUCCUCAAGUCUCAUGUCAUGUUUCUAACUGAGAACUACCGCAGCAACGAGGUCAUUCUCCAAUUUUCCUCCGACUGCUUCUAUGGAAAAAAGCUAGUUGCCGGCGGGGCAGGAGAUAAUCUCCCUCAUCCGGAUUUGGGACCCCUCAUGUUCUACUCCGCUAGAGGAAAGGAGGAAAUUCAACAUGACAACUCUUUUCUAAACGCCUCUGAGGUUGAUGAGGUUGUCAAAAGAGUCGAAGAAUUGGCGGAGAAAUGGCCAAAUCUUCAAUGGGGAGAGAAACAGCUGAGUGAGAUAGCCGUGCUGUCGGCAUACCACUACCAGGUCCGUGCAAUAAGAGAUAGGCUGAAGCGAAAAGGGCUUCGGAGAGUGACCGUGGAUACCAUUCAUAACGUACAAGGCCGUGAGUUUCGAGCAGUGUUCGUCAGCACUGUACGCACGUCGCAUACUGUCAAACCCCUGAUAGAUCAACACACAACCGAGUGCUCGAAAGACGAGUUGUACUUCGAGUUUCUCUCCGAUCCAAAGCUCCUCAACACUGCUAUCACGCGCGCCAAGUCACUCGUGGCAGUAGUCGGGGACCCGGUGUCGCUUUGUACCGUAGGCGACUGCCGGCGACUUUGGAAAGACUUCAUUAAGAGAUGUAACGAGCUGAGAGCUUUUUAUGGAUACACAAUGGAACAGCUGAACGAAGAGAUGAAGGCAGUCAUCAAUGUGAUUGAGAUGAACCCUGCUGCUAAACCAUUUGUCAGCGAUUAUCAGGUAGAGCAGACACAGGAGAAUAAUGAACCCGACAGCGAUGUCGAGAACGAAGAUGAUGCCUUAUUUAAAGAGCAGGAAGCUUCAGACACUGCUUCUGUGAUGUCUUCUGGAAAUGAAGAGGAGCUAGAACAGGAAGGGGAGUGUCCCUCCAGGUUGCUCGAUGAAACAUUGGCAGACGAGUCCGUGCCCCCUGCAGUUAUGGACGGGAUCAUUAGAGCUCUAAGGGACAAGUGCGAGGAAACGCGAAACAAGAAAGCCCAUUUACCAUCACUACAAGACUCCGAGUUUCCGCCUUUGGGCUCAAAGCCAGUGUUGAAGAAGAACGCUGGAAUAUGGAAUACCGCCUCACCAAUGACCACUCACCGCCUCCCCAAUGACACAUCUGACUAUGAGAUCAAGCGAGUAAACGGAAAAGAGGUUAUUCGUUUGGUUGACACUGGAAUACGUUUCAAACAGUCCGAGAGACAACAACGUCUUACAGUUGUCAAUUUACCACGGUCCAUUAGUCUAGACCCAGAGAUCCUGAAUCGGCGAGUGGGAGAAAAUCCGGAGAGGUUCAUCGUAUGUGAACUUCGGAUUAGCUCAGACCGGUUUCGGACUUCCUAUGCUGUUGUUGCUGAUACGAAAACGCCGGAUAUAGUGAUCAAAGGUCAUGUCCGGCAAGCCUUCGACCGUGACACAGUAGUUGUCGACUUGAAAUGUGAUGAAGAUGCAAAGAAAAACGAGGAAAAAACCGAGGACAAAUAUGAGAAAAAUGAAGAGGCAAGGUACUCGGGAGUUAUCCUAGGAGUGAAAGACCACAUCAUCAAUCCUAAAGGGCGUCAGUACGUUUGUACUGCCGACUACGGCAAUCCUGCAGUCAUGAAGCCCAUCAAUAAGUUUGUCAGUAACAUAAUAAACCUAACGUACGAGGGCUGCAAGGAUGUGCCAAUCUAUAGGUUUAUUACACAGGAGAAUGAACCAACCUGCCGAGUUGACUGGUUGAAGAGAGAAAAACUGUUAUCAAACCAAAACCUGUUUGUGGUUCAGUUUCUUCAGUGGCGUCCAGAUUGCACUUUACCUUUGGGAAUCGUUACCAAAGUGCUGCCGAGGGGCGAGUCGAAGGCUAAAUGCAUGGAGAUUCUGAAGGCUGAUCACUGUCUACGAGCUUCGUUCGAGAGUGAAACGGUUGAAGAGGUAAAAAGGAUCGUAGGGUACGUUUGGGAGGUACCAGAAGAGGAAAAAGAGACUCGACCAAGAGUCAGCAGUGCAUUCACGAUUGAUCCAGAAACGUCCAAAGACUUAGAUGAUGCUUUGUCUGUUGAAGAGCUAUCUGAUGGGUCGGCUAAAGUUGGUAUUCAUAUCGCGGAUGUCAGCUACUUCGUCAAGCCUGAAAGUGCAUUGGACAAAGAAGCACGCUCUCGGGGGACAACCUACUACCCAAACACUGGUGACCCAAACACCCCUAUGCUCCCAGAAGAAAUAAGCGAAGGAUGCUGCAGCCUCUUGCCCGGCUGUGACCGUCUGGCAGUGUCAGUCUACCUGACGCUUGACAACAGUGGUGAGCUCAUUGGCGAACCAAAAGUCGUGCGAACUGUGCUACGUUCACGCUGCAAGCUAAGCUACUCUCAAGCUCAGAAGAUCAUUGAUGGCGAUUCCUCAGAACUCAAGCGAGAGAUACAGUUUCUUCAUAAACUUGCCCAAGCAAGAAGGCACAAGCGACUUGGAGAUGCGUCCUUUGACCAUUUGACUGGUAAGGAAGAAAGGGAGGACAUCGAUGCGCAUGAGCUUGUUGAGGAAAUGAUGAUCUUGGCCAAUCAUGUCGUUGCUAAGAUUCUCUUCGCAAAACAGCCCGCCCUUACUCCCUUAAAAGCUCAGCUGUCUCCCAAAGAACAUCGAUUGAUGGAGUGGGUUAGAGAAUUUGGGGACAUUGCUCUCCUAUCGCUGUCUCUUAGGAAGUAUGUAGAGAACCAUGCUGGGAUGGGCGAGAUCAGUCAACCAGGGAGAGAUAUCAUGAUCAAUAAAAGACUCUGGAGCAAAAUUCUCGAAGCUGUGGAGGAAGAAGACUUCCGAAAGCUUACGCACCUAAUCUGCAGCGAUGCCAAUCAUCCGCAGCUUGCGGUGGCGCACCAAGGACUGAACAGAAUCCAGACUAAGUCUAUCUACACCACUUCAUAUGGUAAGGACAAAGAACACACAAGACAUCACUCGCUUGGCCUAGACGUCUACACGCAUUUCACGUCUCCCAUCCGUCGCUAUAUCGACAUUGUUGUCCACAGGAUGCUGUUGAGAGAUGAAGGCAAGGAAAGGGUGUAUUGCGAGGAUGAUAUCUAUCGAAUCUGUAGAAGGAGCACCUUCCUUUUUGACGAUUCCAAGAAUUUUGGGAAGGCAUGUCGACGGAUGAAGCUGGCUGUCCAGCUGCAAGAUAAGAACCAUGAGACAGAUACUGUGAUCGAAUCCAUCGCGGAUGCCUUCAUGUCCUUGCUUGUUCUAGGCAGUGAAGACGAUCAUUUGAUGCCAAAGCAAAGAGAGAUCAAAUUCAAUCACCUUGCACCAAUGACGUUUGACGUUAACAAAGAAACGAAGGAAAUUCUUCUGGCAUGGAGAUGGAGAAUGUACGAAGCACCAACUUACAACAGCAGUGAGGAGAACCCAAAGGACUUGAAGAAAAUUGUCUUUAAGCAAUUCCCCGAGGGCCCAUCAAUUAAAGUGAACAGGUUACAAUGGCCAAAGAUAAUAGAAGCCGUUAAAACAAAAGAUGGUAAGAAGCUUAAAGAGAUCGUUCGCGACAUCGAGGACCCCAUCAUAUCUCAACUGCCUCGUGCACCUGUUUGCAAGCCCGGUGCUGCCGUUAAAUCUAAGCCCGAUGCUCCCAUCUAUGCGCAUCCUAACGUCGGCCAGACUUUGACACUUCCUCCGAUACCACCUGGUGCUGAAGGCCAUUUCUACGACAAGAUCAUGAUGCUGAAGCAGUUCGAUACCGUAAAAGUGCAACUAUCGGGACACUUGACCAAAGGAGUACUUUGCCCUGGGAUCCAACUAUUCAAAGUUUCCCCACGCGUCAGUAUCUGCCUGGAGCAUCGCGUCCAUACCAAAAAAUGCUUCGCUUCCACUGCAAGAUUCACUGCGUCACGGGAGCACUAUGAUACCAUUGAUAACUACAUCGGGUCAUGGAAACGCGUGCUUUUAAUGGAGGCAGCGGUCGCGGCCGUAGAAGAGGACCAGGGCUUCACCAUACGCAAUCUCCCUGUGCAAUGGCAAUGCAAAGACGGCCAUUUCACGGGAAAAUUUCGGUUACUCGAGGACUAUUGCCGGGGUCGACAGAUAAGUUUUGUUCAAGGCGAUCUGGUGUGCGCCAGAAUUCCUCAUGGUCACUCAGAUGAUGCAGCAGAUGUUGCGGUUGCCCAUUGCAUCGUGAGCGACACUUUUCCAAAGGAAGUAGACGGAAAAGUGUGGCAAUCUGUUGUCGUUCGAGUUCACCAGAAGAGCUCACGAUUCCCAGCUGGUGCCUAUAACGAGAAGCCAAUCAAAUGUGAAAUGAUCUUCAUCCCUCUCUUGCUACCCCACAGGCGAAUGUUCAAGGCCCUCGUACUCGCACUUCCGGACUCAACGCCGCUGGCACAUGCCAUCUGCAAAGGCGAAGCUCCACCCCCAGACCACUUUGAGAGGCCAGACAAACCAUUGUCCAUCUCAGAAGACGUGAAUACAACAGCCUUCAAAAGACUUAAUAAAUACCAAGAAGAUGCCAUCAAGAAAGCCCUGACGCAGCCGUUCACCUUGAUUCAAGGGCCACCAGGUACGGGGAAAACCGUGACAGGGGUGCACAUAGCCUACUGGUUUGCGUGCCAGAAUCGCAAGACGCCACCGCCGGCCCAACCAGAUCCGAAGGAUGUCGAUGACGAGAAUAAGCCACCAUCUGCACCACCUCAAGUCCUGUACUGCGGACCCUCCAACAAGUCUGUUGACGUCGUGACAGAAUACCUUCUUAGAAUUCCGGGGAUGCAGAAGAAGAUACUUCGCGUGCAAGGAAGUAUGAUUCAGGAAAGGGAAUUUCCGAUUCCUAACAAAAUCAAACCCCCAAAGCAGUCCAGGAGUGAGGAUGAGCUUCGCAUUCCUAGCAAAGAAGUCCGAGAAGUUUCUUUGCAUUACAUCAUCCGCUCUGCUGACUGUCCUUAUGCCGAAUCCCUCAAACUCCUCGAACAAACAUUUAAAGACGCUAAAGAGAGGAAUGAUCCUGUCAGCGUAGAAGAUGUGACUUCAUAUCUACAGAUCAUCAGGGAGGCAGAGAAAUGGUGUAUCCAAAAGACUGGCAGAGAAAUCAUCUUGUGCACGUGUUCGGCAAGUGGCGCCGACCGCAUCGUAGAUCUCUGCGACAACAUCCAGCAAGUAAUCGUCGACGAGUGCGGCAUGUGUUUUGAGCCUGAGACACUCGUGCCUAUCACAUGCGCCCGCGCCAAGCAAGUCGUGCUCAUUGGGGACCACAAGCAGCUGCAACCUAUCAUCAAAGAUAACGACGCUAAGCGCUUGGGUCUGGAGAUCUCUAUGUUUGAGCGCUACGCCAAAAAGGCGAUCAUGCUCAAGGAACAAUACCGUAUGCAUGCAGAAAUCUGCCACUUUCCAUCAGAACAGUUCUAUGACAAGCUUCUGCUUACGUCUGCCACUGUCGCGCUCCGCACACCUUCGCCUGUCGACUUCUGGCCAGCGCAGGUGCUAUAUAGGAAGGACGUACCACGUGUGUUUUGCCACGUGGAAGGGUGCGAGAAGUCUUCAGUGAUUAAGACUCAGUACAGCAAUCACGGGUCCAAAAGUAACGAGAAAGAAGCGAAUAAGGCAGUGCAUGUUGCUAAAGUCCUGGUCAACAAGUAUGCUGUGAAUCAUGGGGAUGUGGUCAUCCUAACACCUUACAGACAACAGCAGGUCCUCAUCAAGGAGGGUCUCCACGCCCCGUACGACGAUAUCCAGGUGUCGACGAUCAUCAAGAGCCAGGGUAGUGAAUGGGACUACGUCAUUCUUUCACUGGUCCGCUCUCUACCCAAGGACGAAAUCGAGGCUGAGCCGUCUUCAAAGUGGCUAGUUGACAAUCUGGGUUUCCUGAGGGACGAACACCAGAUCAAUGUAGCGUUGACUCGCGCCAGGCGCGGUCUCUGCAUUAUCGGAAACAAAAACCUAGUUGAGCUGGAUCCCACAUGGAGCGCGCUGUUAAGCCACUACGAGCAGGGUGAGACAAUCGUUGAUGAGGCCUGGCCGUGGAACUAAAUAAACUACGACAACAACUUCUACAGAGACACCAGUAGAAACAACAUAAAUAGCAGCAGCAACAACAACCAUGCAACAAACCCAGUUCAAACGCUGCUAUCUGCCAGUUAUCUUUUACCACUAUUGCUAACGAAAGUUAUUUUAACACUUCAUGUCCAUAGAUCCGACUUGCGUGACAAUGUUCACGCAAGUCGGAUCGAGGGGUCUUAGCCCCACUGCUUCUGGUACGUGACCUUCUAUGAGGUGGUUGUCACUUCUGUUGCGUGACCUUCUAUGAGGUGGUUUUCACUUCUGUUGCGUGACACUCUAUGAGGGGGAGGUCACUUCUGGUGCGUGACACUCUAUGAAGGGGAGGUCACUUCUGGUGCGUGACACUCUAUGACGGGAAUUCACUUCUGGUGCGUGACACUAUGAGGGGAGGUCACUUCUGGUGCGUGACACUCAAUGAAGAAGAGGUUACUUCUGGUGCGUGACACUCUAUGAGGGGAGGUCACUUCUGGUGCGUGACACUAUGAGGGGAAGGUCAUUUCUGGUGCGUAACACUUUAUGACGAAAGGUCACUUCUGGUGCGUGACACUCUAUGAGGGGAGGUCACUUCUGGGCGUGACACUAUGAGUGGAAGGUCACUUCUUGUGCGUGACACUAUGAGUGGAAGGUCACUUCUGGUGCGUGACACUCUAGGAAGGGGAGGUGACUUCUGGUGCGUGACACUUUGAAGGGAGGGUACUUCAGAUGCGUGACACUCUAUGAAGGGGAGGUCACUUCUUGUGCGUGACACUCUAUGAGGGAAAGGUCACUUCUGAUGCGUGACACUAUGAGGGAGGUCACUUCUGGUGCGUGACACUCUAUGAGGGGAGGUCACUUCUGGUGUGUGACACUCUAUGAGGGGGAGGUCACUUCUUGUGCGUGACACUCUAUGAGGGAGAGGUCACUUCUGAUGCUUGACACUCUAUGAGGGCAGGUCACUUCUGGUGCGUGACACUCUAUGAAGGGAGGUCACUUCUGGUGCGUGACACUCUAUGAAGGGGAGGUAACUUUCUGUGCGUGAAACUAUGAAGAUAGAUCAAUUUUUACACUCAAUGAAAGAAGGUUACCUAUAAAGCGUGACACUAUGAAUGGAGGUCAAUUCUGGUGAAUUACACUUUUUUGAGGGAGUCAUUUCUGGUGCGAAACUUAUGUGAAAUUAUUCUAUAUUUAAUUUCUACAUAUUCCCGAUUUUGCAAUUAUCAGAUGCACUGCAAGGUUGGGCAGUGCAAAACUUUUAAAAAGUCAAAAAUUAUAUUUAUAGAAUAGUUUUAGCUAUAGAAUAGUUUUUUUUUUAACUAAGCUUUUAACAUUUAAAGUUGUAGUUAUGUUUUUCGUCUACAAAAAGAGGCUAGAAUUUACCGCUAGUUUCAACAUUUUGUACAUUCCAUGUACAUUUUGAUCCAAAAACUUACAGCAUAGUCGAUGCACGAAGGCGAAGGUUAAUUUACUUAAAAGUUCAAACUCAAUACAUACAAAUGUUAUGCAAAACGCUUGAUAUACUUAACUUUAGAGUUACAAUGCAAUAAUUGAGAUUACGUCGCCAAAUCAUAGUUAAAUCUUAAUGUUUAGAAAAGGUGUUUAGAAAAAAAAUCAAAAUCAGGAUCCAAUUCAAUACGCACAAACACGUUACGCAUAAUGUUUUAUAUACUGUAAUUUAGAGUUGCAGAGUUCCAUUGCAAUAAUCCAUAUGUUAUCACCAACUCAUGCCCAAAUCAUGAAAGGUGUUUAGAAGAACGUAACCAUAAAAAUGACCAAAAACGUCAUUGCAAUCAGCAAAUGGCGAUUGGCAAAUGAGUUCUACGACCAAAGGAUAUUAUGGGUCUCAUUAUACUUUUAGCCAAUGCAGGGAGCCCACCCCGAGUAAGUACGCAGCUGCUUUGUCUCCUAUUAUCUUUGUUCUACAAAGGAGUUCUUUUUGUCUCUAUUCUUCUCGUUCUUUGUGUCGAGGUGCGGAUAUUGUUCAUUUGCCCAAUCAAAUUGCAGAACAUAGCUCUAGUAUCUGUAUAUAUGUUUGUGAAUAAUUAGUAUCCAUGAGCAUCUGUCGGUCUAGGAACUGCCAUUUGCCAUACGCCAUUUGCUAUCUGCAGAUUUUUGAAUUAGGUGUAUACAUGUUGUUGUCUAUUUUAUCAAUCAAGUUGCGCUGAGCACAUGUAUUCUUUCUACGCAAAUUUAGAAAUAGAUGUAUAUGGAAGCACGGGUGGCCUAGUGUGUAGGCGCGUCAGCCGCUCACCGUUGUGCCCAAGUUCGAAUCCUGGCUCUGAUUUGGGAUUUUUCAGAGAAAGCCUUGCCUCGAAUUUUGGUUAUUUCUCCUGGGUUUUCAGUCUCUACAAGAUGUAGAACCACUAGUGACGCAAUGAACACCUUAAGUCACAGUGCUUACUAACAAUACACACAAGGAAGCAUUUCAUUCGGAGCAUAGCUCUGUUGUGUCUAAGCACAUAAGUGAAGGGACAAAAUUUAUCUGUUUUUGCCUGCGUGAAUUUAUGUCGCAUAUUGAUAUUUGUUUUUUCCUCAACCUUAUCACUCUUCUAAUAGUCCAUCUUUUAAAGGGGACAUAACAUAUUUCCUAGAAUGCAUUGCAUUGUUUUGUUCAAUUUAUCAUAAACAUAAUUAAUUUGCGACUUUCCAACUUUCUAGCAUGAACUUACAAAUUUUGACCUUUGCUUGCUACUUAAAAUGCCCGACAAAACAAUGCAUCAUAGGAAAGAUGAGCUGGCCUCUUUAAUAUUAUACAAGCAUUUUGGUCACAAGGCUGGAGGUCCGAAUGUACCCUACCUCAAACAACCAAUGUGUCAGUUUAAUGCGAGAGGAAGAAAUUAGUCAAGUUAUAAUACAUCUAUAAUAAUUGAGACCCCACAUGUCUCCUUUGCUUAACUACCUAAUCAAAGCUUGUAAGAUUCAUUCAAUCAAAAUUGUACUCAAUAAACUUUCUUUUUUUUUU